GAGCCCCGGGAGCAGAUACAGAGCCGACCGAGCGGCGCGGCGGGCGAGCGCGACAUCCUGGCGCGCGUGUUCGCUAAGCACGACGUGCGGGAGACCUCGUACCAUCUGCUCGCGCCCAGGAUCGACUUGCAUCUAUGCGACGACCCGGGAUUGGGUCGUUCAGAAAAGCCGUCUCUAUCGAAAGGUGGUGCUCUUCAAGUUACGCUGAUCAGCAUGCAAGCUGACUUAUUCCCAUACCACAAGGCGUCUAACGACAGGAGGCACUGGAAAGGCUACAGAGAAUCAGCAACGCCACACAGUCAGUGGCUGUCUCAGGCGCUAUCAUCGUUCUGCACGAAUUUGCUGGAAACACUCGAUCCGAGGCCACUCUCUACUAACAAUAAGAACCAGGUCGCGAGAGGUGAAGAGACCGCGUCGAACGGUACAAGUCAGAAGCCGGCGGCGGAGGCCCCGCAGCGCAGCGCCUCCAGCGUCCCGCCCGCUACGACUACGUCACAACCGUCACCAACAAGAACUCGUAUCCUUCAACGACUAGGAAAACUGAUGACGACAUGUCUGGUGCUGAGGAUAGACAAUUUCACGGUAUAUAAGGUAUCAACUGGUUCGAAAACUUACGAAGCCUUGAGGCCUCUGGUCAACGCAGAGAAGGCGACUCUACCCGGAGACGCCGGCCUCCUGCACGCUGAACUCACGUUCUUCUACUACCCCGGAGACGACUGCUUCCCAGUCCCGGCUCCGAAGCUGUACGUCCAGCUGAGUCCGGUGCGCGUGUCGCUGGACGUGAACAGCGCGGUGUGGCUGGGCGCGUUCCUGCCGCACGUGGCGGGCGCGCUCGCCCCGCCGCGCCGGGGGGCCGCGGACCCCGACACGCCCCCGCCGGCCCCCUACAUGGACGUCAGGAUGGAAGCCAUUAUGCCAAAGAUAGUGCUGGAGGCGGGCUCCGAGCACGUGUCCCAGCAGCGGGACCGGCCCAAGGAGCUGCACGUGUGCACCGCGCGCGCCAUGCUCACGAACGUGCGAGAAUCGCCCAGAGCCAACACGGCCGGUACGAGAGCUGAUUUAGCUGCCAUACUGUCAGCCCUAAGGAGGGCGACUCCGCCCAGAGGAGAAUUCCCAGCGUCGACUGAAGAUCUGGAUCCUAUACACGAACAAUUUGUUUUACAUGCGGACAACCUGGACGACGUGGAUCGUGGCACAGCCAUAAGUCCGGAGCUGCUGUGGCGCGAGAACCGCUCGGUGUGGUGCGCGCGCGUGGAGCCCCUGUGGGCGGACUUCUGUGGCGCCAGGGCCACUAACUACAAGCCCGCGCCCCUGCUCGACGCCACGCCACUCACCGCCUGGUUAUGCUUCAAUGAUGACCUUUCUCGCAUAUGGGUGGUGGGUCGGACGUGCGGUCUGGCCGGACUACAAGUGAACCACUACCAGCUGCUGUUCCUGCUGCGGCAGCUGGAACGCGUCUCCGAGAUGAUGGCGUGGCUGGCGCACGACGCGAGCAGACAGCCUGACGCAGAAGAGGGGUCAAUCGUUGUAGGACUUGUGGUUCCAGCAGUGGAACUAACAUUCGUGCUUCCAUCGAACUGUCCCGGUCAGGAGUCUUCUCGAGAUUUGGACAGUGUUCCUUUGGAUUCGUCCAGCUUGCAAGAUUUGAAAAUGGGAUCCGAAGCGACCAUGGCGCCCUCUAUUCAAGACAGAGACAGCGGCGUGCCCCCGGCGAGCAGUGUGGACGUGCUGUUAGCGCAGUCCCUGCCCGCAGAGGAGGUCCCUCCUCCCGCGAGUCCGGGACUUAACUUCGGAGGUUUCUCAACGAUGCGACGCGGUUUCAAUUCGCUAGUGACUUCAAUAGACAGCGCCCUCACACGAGACGACACGCGCAGCGACGCCGCCUCCACCGCCAGCUCGGACAGCGACCGCUACGUGGUCGUGGGGCUGGCCGCGGAGUCGCCCGACGACGCAGACCUCGCCUUCAGAGAAUUCGAACACGGUCGUGCGUCCAGCGCCGUGGAGGUGGCCGCCGAGGUGGUAGAACGGUCCUCGUCGCCGAGCGACCACUCCGUCACCAGCUCGUGUCGGAGACGUGACGUUAUAUCGACGUCGACGUGGCGCCUGAACAACAUACACGUCGUUCACCAGAGCGCCAACGGCAGCUCUAGACUGCGGCUCGCCGCCGACGACCUGGUCUCCGACGAGUGCACCGCCAUACCCUGGGACGAGUUCCAGAACAAAUUUUCAAUGCGCGCCCGUGCUUGGACCGAACCUGCUAUAGACGAGGACAGCGAACUCAAACCCCGAGAAACACCGAACGUAGCAGCUAGAUUGACCAGGACAGAACUAUCGAGAACUUUAAACGAAAACGGCGAAGCAACCGGCCUGGCUCCAUACGAAGAGCUACUGGAGGCUCGCGUGCGGGACCUCAGCCUCGCGCUGAACAUGAGCACGGCGCUCGCUCUCUCGGAGUUCAUAGAAGACGAGGUCAUCGCACCGCCCAUGCCUCUAGAAGUUUUAAUAGAAAACGUGAAGGUACAUCUCGUGGAAGACCGCCCGGUCCGUUCGAUACUGUCGCCGCCGCCGCAGCCCCUGGACAUCGACCUGACCACCCUCCGCGUCACGAGGGCCUCAGACGGCGUGCUGAGGCUCGGGCCGCCGCUCUCCACGCCCUCCACGGUGGCCUCGCCCAGCACUCCACAACCGAACCCCGAACUGGACGAAGCCAGGGCCGCAAUAGACAGCUUGAACAAGGAAAACGAGGAGUUGAGGAAAAGACUGCUCACUCUGUCGAGGAUCGCUGAUGACAAUAGGGAAUUGCGAGCGAAAGUAGAAGAGGCCGCCGCGCUGCGUCAGUGCGUCCACAAGGCGCAGCAGGAGGCCGUCAGCUUGCUGGCCGACAAGCAGGAGCUGCUGGAGACCGUCCGCGCCCUGCAGGAGCAGGCGGGUUGUCGCGGCAAGAGGUAGCGGUCCCCCGGCGGGGCGCCGCACGGCUGCCUCGACUGCACCGCGUGCUGCGGACACGACCCCUAGCGCCGACACACACCAACAAACAUUACUUUGCUACCUAUAUAUUAAUACGUGAAGAAAAAACUUUGUACCCCUUUUUACGAAAAUUGCGUGGACGUAGGAAAUUGCCUACACUUACAGAGAAUACAGGAAGGAAUACAGAAUACUAAUAAUUGUUCAAAAUUACACUUAAAACAUACUUUAAAUCAAUUUAAAAAGCAUAAUUAUAUACUCUUUUGUUUAUUCUUUAUAGUAUGUGGUCAAAUUCAGAAUACAUUGAUACCUAUUGUUUGUCUUCAAUGCUAUUUAUCUAUAGUGAAGCCUUGGCGAAAUUUGUUAUUAUAGAGGGCUAUGAUAGUCUUUGACAAUAGACUCCUUAAUAAUGUUCAAACUUAUAGUCCACUAAUUUAUAUUAUUACGUGGAGUUUAUUUCAGACUCCUUUAAUGGGCUUUUAUUAGCGUAUUUCCAUUCCAGACAAAAUGAGCGGCAAGGUCCCUUCCUCAUAAUGCAGCUCCACACCUAGAGAUUGAUACACUGAACCCUGUUGUAAUGAACGAAUGGAUUUACUAACGAUGACGUCAUCAAACAGCUCCACACCUAGGGAUUGAUACACUAAACCCUGUUAUAAUGAACGAAUGGAUUUGCUAACGAUGACGUCAUCGAAUGAGUCUUUAUAAUACGCCCGCAAAAGUUUGAUUAGCAGCAACAUCCCCGAAUAAAUUGAUAAAUUGUCAUUGUCUUUAUUGAAAAUUACCUGAACUAUUUUCUGGAUAAUGCGUAGGAAAUCGUAGAAAAUUUUGCUGUGUCUGUGGCUGAUACUUCAAUGAUAAAUAUUUACGUUUGCUAUAAACAAUAUUGCAUAUUGAUUUUAUUUAUAUAAAAAAAAAACGAAAAAGAGUACGUAAUUCUAAUUAUGUUGCUAUUAAAAUAUCAUAAACAGAGACGAUACAAAAGCAUCUAAUAACGUCCGUUUUAUUAUCGACAAUACGUAAUGUGAUGGUUGUUGGAAUGUUAUAGUGAUUUAACUGAAUCUCUCAGUUGAAAUUCAAUCCAUCCAUUUAACUGUGAACAAAUUAACAUAAUGCACGUUUGUUAUCGAAGCCGAUGUUAAAGUUAUGACCUUAGUAGAUAAACGUGAGUUUAUUUUGAAUAUGUUUAUCGACUAACACGAGAUACGGACGUGAUGUGUGAAGUCGUCAUGGCCUAGAGCAGGGGUGGGCAAAAGCCGGCCCGCGGGCCGGAUCCGGCCCUUUUGCUAAUUCUAUCCGGCCCGUUGAAAAAUUCCGCACAUAAAUUUUUUUAAACUCUUUUAUGAGAUUUUGUUGACAUCAGCAUUAAAAAAGCAUAUGCGGUAAAAAAGCAUAUGCGGUAUAGUCCUCCGGCCCGGGAGACAUUUUGAAAAUUUCAUUUUGGCCCGCGCUUUAAAGUAUUUGCCCACCCCUGGCCUAGAGGAUAAGGCGACUGUGUGCUUAGUGCGAGUUUUUUAACGUUCUCGAUAGCGUAAAAGUUAACUCAAAUUUGUAUGCAGUUGGAACAGCGCCCCUACCAGCAAACGUAGGCAAACUGUUUGAAAAAAAAGUGUAUUAAAAAAUAAAACUGCAAAGUGAUUUUAUUAGUGGACGUAAUAUAGGUCCACAGAGGAUCGCUCCCUAUAUUUACUAUAAGCGCCCCCAUACGUUCCGAUGGACAAUCAUUAUAUGUACAGCUGAGACUUCGGCCGUACGUUUCAAGGUGGGCUGUGACAUCCACGCUGCGAUGCCCAUGGGCCACGGUAACCACUUCGCGUCGGAUGGGCCGUGAGCUAAUUCGCACAUUGUGAAACAAAAAUUAUACAAAAAAAUGUUUUAUUCUAAAAUGACAAAGCAAUAAUUAAACGCAUUUAUGUGUAAUAUUAUAAUGCGGUUGUCUGUAAGUAGGUCCCAAGUGAUUUUAACAUUAUCAAAGUACUUACUGAGUGCAUGUGUAGAACUAAGUUAAUGUUUGAUUUUUUUUAAAAUCGUAAUACAUUCAGCUAUAAUGCGUUCUUUUUUUAUGUUUUAUAUAUGAUGUUUUAAAAUACAAUUUUUUUUUUGGGACAUGAAAUUUUAGUGUAAACAUAGCUUUAUUGGUUGUUUUCGCUAUUUUUAUUAUUAAUUUUUUAAAGUUUAUCCACAUUGUUUAUCAAUUUAAUAUGUAUUAUAUAAUUUAAUCAGAUAUGAUAUUGUAGGUAGAUGUUUAAAAGUCUUCUUCGAAUAUAUUAAAACAAUAUGUUCAACUGGCAUAGUAUACCAACUAAGGUUUUUACUCUAUAUGUUUAUCUUGCUUAUUGUUAUCGUGAUAGCUGAAUAAUAUACUAUAUUAUAAAUUAAUGAAUUGAAACAGGACCUAGACUGUAUUGUAAAAAAAGACAGUCCAAAAUGAACCUUAAAGCGAAUCGAACAGUGCUCAAGGAAGUUUACGUCUAUAAAGAUUGGAAACAAAGAUUAGCACAAAACAAUUUUAAUUCUGAAUCAGAGGAAGUAUCAUAAAUAAAAAUAGCUUUUACGGUUUAAUUUCGCUUUUUUUUAUUGUUUAUACAUUAUAUUGUGUUCGAAUUUGAAUAAAACGUAAAAGUCUAGAAAUGGUUUCAUAGACAAAAAUAGAGGGUAGUUAGCAUAAUGUGACAGUUUAAUCGUUUGUGACCACGAAAAUUGUAAUGCAAAUAUGGACUAUUUGGCGAGAACGCGAGGAUUGAAGUUGUGUGAUUUGUUUUAUUUUGUCUAUUUAGUGUUUCUUCAGGUUUAAAUAUGUAAUAUCGGUGUAUUAUUAACUGUUUAAUAUAAUGUGGGAAAAUGAAAAAAAGCCGCUUCACUUUUCAUAAAAAUAAGAAUAUAAAUUAAAAUAAGACAUGACCUAAAGGUCGUAGUUACCAGGUCAUAAAAUCACUUAUAAAAAAAUAAUGCAAUAUUCGACGUCGGAAACAAUAUCGAGGGGUGAAAGGCUAUUCGAUUUAAGCGACAUUUCGCUUAACACACGACAGUUAUCUUUAUAAAUAAAGAUGCGUUUUAUUUGGUAUUAGCAUCAACAAUACGAUGUUUUUAAUUGAACUUCAAUUAUGUUUACCGCAUUCAAAUAACUGAGGAAGAUUUUUUGUUAUGAUAUAUUAUAACGACGGACGAGUUUUAUGAGUGCGUUGCCUCAAAUUUAACUUCUUACACAGCAACAACAAACAAUAGCGUUCACUAUUUGACUUUCACUGAUUCGCAUUAUACAAUUAGUAUUAUAAUUUUUUCCAAAUUUUAAACUUUAAAUAACUCUCGUGCAAGAUUGCAAAAAUGACGCCUAUACGAAAUAGCAUUUGACUUUUCGAUAAAAUAACGAUAAAAAAAAGCUGAUAUUUAAACCUUAACAGUAUUUUUAGUUAUGUCUGUAGCUUGCGAAAACCGAACGAAAUAUUCUACAUUGGCGAAUACAACUUGGAAGUAGCAAAUGAUAUCAAAGGAAUUCUUUAAAAUUAAAACGCCUUUUUUCUAUAUAGUAUUAUAUAUGUAUGUAUGUAUGGCAGAUAUUAUACAUUGAUGUCAUGUUUCAGUAUAGUGUGCUCUGUCUAGAAUGAAAUGAAAAUGAUUUUAACUCUUUUUUUUUAAAUCGGUUUUUAAUUUUGUACUCUUUGAUUUUAUGAGACAAAAAAGAUAUCAGUUAAUGCAGCUAUCGAUAUAUGUAGUUAUGUUAAUCGGGUUUUCGUGAAAUAUUUUUAUAAUAUAUUUACAUAUUAAAUAUUAAUGUCGAAAGACGGAUAAAUCCUGUAUUUUUGGCAUUUAAAUGAAUUAUGUAUGAAUGGAAAGAUAGAUAAUGUAAAUUAAAAAUUCAUUGUAUCUAAAAAUUUGCUUCGUCAUGUCCGUAUUCAAAGUCGACUAUAAGCUCAGUUCGAUAAGUAUUCCUCUGAACAGAAAAUGAAAAUUAGCCAGAAUCUUUAAAACAAUCUGUAAACUAUUUUCUUAAAUUCACUAAUAGUUAAAUAUCCAUUUUUAUUUUUAUUUUAAGUUUUAACAAAAGUUGUUUUGGUGCCAAAUAAUUGAAAGUGAUUUUUAAUUAAAUUAAGAAAUUUGUUUCGACGAGGCUGUAAAUAAUUCAAAACAAAUAUUCGUUGUAUUUUUCUGGAAAAUGUACAAAAACUAGUUUUUACGAUUUAUUUUUGUAUUAACAUAAAAGUUUUUAAAUUGUAAAUGUAAGUUUUCAUAUGAAUACGUAAUUAUGUUCGCGAACGUCUUCCACGAUGAACGGACAGCGUCGUGGAAUAAUAUAAUGUUUAAUACGGAACAUUUGUAAAUUGUUUAUAUUACCGGUAGUUUUAUUUGUCUCUACCUAACCGCAGAGUGCAGGCAGUUACAAAAUAAUUAACACACUUUUAUAAAUUAGAAUUAAUUACGCGGAGCGUUUUGGAUAUUUUUUUUAGAUCGAAAUUACAGUUUUGUUAUUUUGUUUUACUUCACGAACCGACAGACAUUUUUUCACUUUUUUUUUUAAGACACCUACUGUCACUGUUGUCUAUGUAUAUGUUUUCUUCGCCAUAAACCUAAGAGAUAGAUAUAUGUUUUCUUUUUUUUUAUAAGUUGUUUUUAUAUCUAUCAACUCCAAUUGUCUAAAAGGCUAUUCCAGCUACGCCCGGACCGGUAGGUGAGCUGACGGGCUUAACCUGAGAGAAUUUAUUAACACUACCACCGGAACGGAAUCGGAAAAUCCUACGGGAAACGCCGUGGGCUUACCGGCAGUCCUUGUCCGUACGGACGCAGCGUCCGAACAGUGUGCUUAGUGCAGCGGUCGGGGAACCGGGGUAAAUUACCCCAAAUGGGGUAAUAUGAAAUUUUUGUCAGUAAAAAGAAUUUUAUAAUUUGAAGUGAAACUUCUUUAGAAUCGUUUUGAUUUCAAACUGGAUGAAACGAAAUGAAAUGAAACGAAAAAAUAAUUAUUUUUUUUUCCAAAUUAUCAUGGGGGCUAUUAUAUGAAAGAUGCUGAAAAGAAGCGAUUUCGUUUUUUUUUUGUUUUUCGCCAUGGGGUAAUAUCAACUUACACAAAAAUAUUUUGGGGUAAUAAUUUAAAAAAGUCCCCGACCGCUGGCUUAGUGCGAGUUUUUUAACGUUAUCGAUAGCGUAAAAGUUACCUGAAAUUUGUAUGCAGCUGGAACAGUGCCCCUAGCGACAAACAGUCAAACGUUCCAACUCCGUACAAAUUUGACUUAACUUUUACGCUAUCGAGAACGUUAAAAAACUCUCCCUGCCGCGAACCGGAUAAUAGAUUUUACGGUAGCUAUAUUUGAAUACACUUAACACACCAGGCGGCCUGCAUUUUUCCAAGCCAAAAAUAUAAUUUACCAAUAUAUAUAUCCAAGUAAAAGUAGAUAAUCCAUUCGAAAAAGAAUAUGUGUUAUUCGGCGUUUUGUUUAGUGCUCAGACGAAUCAAUAACGUAACUGUCGCUACCCACCCUGAGACAUGAAUUCUAAGUUUCAAUUAUAUAGUAAAUUAUCCUCGGGAACUCAAAACGCAUUACUGUUUGGCGGCAAAAAAGUGCGGUAGAUACCGCCGGACUCGCAAAACGCCCUUUCACCUAUAUGUGUAUAUAAAAAUAUGUCCCUAAUUCAUAAAAACGAAUAAAUUAAAAUCAUUUAUCUACGUGUAAUCUACUGACAUAUAUUGUUAUUAUCCUAUUGUAUAUUAGUUAGGAUUAAAAAGAAAUUGUGCCUGUAUUUUAUUAAGAUGCAUAUCUGCUUAAAUACGUUUCACUGUGUAAUGUUAGUGUUGGAAAGUGAACCUAAAUAUGAUAAUUAUCGCUGUUGUUGUCCCCUUUUAUACUAAUCGCAUUGUUUCAUUUCAUUGUGCCUAAAAUAACUAGAAAUGUAAAAGUAAUCCAUUUUGUGUUAAUCUUUCUUACUGAUAUCAUUUUGAAGGUUGUAAUUUACAUUACACACUUCUGUGACUUUUAUACUUAAAAUUAAAUAAAACAUAUUUCUUCAUCA